GAAAGGUAAAGGUAAAUAACAAGAAACUUCUCGCCAAAACAAAACAUAGAAGUUUAUCAGCAGCAAACCGGAAAGACAGAGGAAGUUCCUUUCCCGCCUAACAUAACAAUAAAUACAGCUUGUCCCGCCCUUCCAAACUUUCAAUUCAUCAUCUUAUUACAGCAAGCAAUAACUGUAAGUUUCACCUUCUUGCAUAGCUAAACAACAAGGAUAUAUACGCAGAAAAAACAGAAUAACAAAAUCAAAGAGAAAAGAACCAAAUUCAUGAACAGCGCCACACAACUUAUUGCCCUUACAACAUUUCAUGAUGUCUUGAACAAGAUAUCGCAAAUUGUUGAAAAAGCUCGAAAAAACCGAAGUACAAGGCGAUUGUUGAAGUCAGUUUUAAAGGAUUUAACUCCUGUGGUUCGAGACAUAAAGCAAUAUAAUGAACAUUUGAAUCAUCCCAGAGAAGAAAUAAAGACUCUAAUCAAUGAAAAUGUUGCAGAAGAAAGUGCAUGCAAAUGCUCUUAUGAGAAUACUUGGUGGAACAAGUGUUUCUCUUGGUUCAGGAAUGAUUCAUAUGUUGUUGCUGAUGAUAAGGAAUCUAUUACUGUAAAGGAUGUUAAAGACACACUUUAUAAGGUCAGAGAAAUUCUUGUGCUUCUUAACAAUGAAAAUUUUGAAGAGAAAUUCAAUGAAGCUGGACCAGCAAUAUUCAAGGGUCCUUUUGGUGUUCCUGAAAAUCCAAAAUUCAGUGUUGGGUUGGACAUAUCUUUUUGCAAGUUGAAAAUGGAGCUUCUUAGGGAUGAUAGUUCCACUCUUGUGUUAACUGGUAUGGGAGGUUUGGGAAAAACCACUUUGGCUACAAAGCUUUGUUGGGAUGAACAUGUUAAGGGUAAAUUCAAGGAAAAUAUUAUAUUUGUUACCUUCUCAAAAACACCCAUGUUGAAGACUAUUGUAGAGAGAAUAUUUGAACACUGUAGAUCUAAAGUGCCCGAGUUUCAAAGUGACGAAGAUGCAGUCCAUGGAUUGGAAGUUUUGCUGAAGAAAGUUGAGGGAAAUCCACUAUUGUUGGUCCUGGAUGAUGUUUGGUCAAACUCAGAAACUCUUGUUGAGAAACUUCAAUUCCAGAUAUCAUAUUUCAAAAUUCUGGUGACUUCAAGAAUUGCAUUCACAAGACUAAGCACAACAUGUAUCUUACAACCUCUUGUUCAUGAAGAUGCUGUAAAACUUUUCUAUCACUAUGCUGAUAUGGAAAAAAAUAGUUCAGAUAUUAUCGACAAAGAUCUUGUCGAACAGGUUGUAAGAAGUUGCAAAGGCAUACCGCUUACGAUUAAAGUAAUUGCUACAUCACUCAGAAGUCGGCCCUAUGACUUAUGGCGAAAGAUAGUGAAGGAACUGUCACAAGGUCAUUCGAUACUUGAUUCUAAUUCUGAAUUAUUUACUCGCCUCCAAAAGAUCUUAGAUGUUUUGGAAGAUAAUCAGAUCAACAAGGAGUGCUUCAUGGACCUAGCCUUAUUUCCCGAAGACCAUAGAAUUCCUGUUUCUGCUCUCAUUGAUAUGUGGACAGAGUUGUAUGAAUUAGAUGACAAUGGAAUAGAAGCAAUGGAAAUCAUCAACAAAUUAGGAUCCAUGAAUCUGGCAAAUGUCAUAAUAGCAAGGAAAUCUGCAAGUGACGCAGACAAUUACAACUACAAUAACCACUUCAUCAUCCUUCAUGAUCUUCUAAGAGAUCUUGGAAUUUACCAAAGUACCAAAGAAUCAAUUGAGAAGAGAAAAAGACUGAUUAUUGACAUGAAUGAAAACAAGCAAAAACAGUGUUUUGCGGAGAAGCAGCAAUGCUUCAUGUCCCGUAUAUUGUCAAAACUUCUGACACCGUGUGUUAAACAACAUCCGCAACAGCUCGCUGCUCGUAUAUUGUCUGUAUCAACUGAUCAAACUUUUACGUCAGAUUGGUCUCAAAUGCAACCAGCUCAGGUGGAGGUUCUGAUAUUAAACCUUCAUACCAAGCAGUUCUUAUUUUCCGAGUCGAUGGAGAAAAUGAGUAUGCUAAAAGUUCUGAUAAUCACAAACUACACUUUCCAUCCUGCUGAACUGAGCAACUUUGAGCUACUUGACUCUUUACACAACCUGAAAAGAAUCAGACUCGAGCGAAUUUCUGUUCCUUCCUUCGGCACAUUGAAGAAUCUGAAAAAACUAUCCUUGUACAUGUGUAAUACAAGACUGGCUUUUGAAAAAGGUAGCAUCCUAAUUUCAGAUGCAUUUCCAAAUCUAGAAGAAUUGAACAUUGAUUACUGCAAAGAUUUAGCGGUAUUGCCUACUGGUAUCUGUGAAAUCACCCCAUUGAAGAAGCUCAGUGUUACUAACUGCCACAAACUUUCUUCACUUCCCCAAGAUAUUGGGAAAUUGGAGAAUUUGGAACUUCUAAGGCUCAGUUCAUGUACUGAUUUGGAAUUGAUACCGAAUUCCAUUGGAAUGCUUUCGAAUCUAACAGUUCUUGACAUCUCAAACUGCAUAAGCCUUUCAAGUUUACCUGACGAAUUUGGUAAUCUGUGCAAUCUAAGGAAUCUUUACAUGGCAGGCUGUGCAAGUUGUGAACUGCCAUUCUCAGUCGUCAAUCUUACGAAUUUGAAGGUGAUAACUUGCGAUGAAGAGACGGCUGCUUCAUGGGAAGCUUUCCAAGAUAUGCUUCCCAAUAUGAAGAUAGAGGUUCCUCAUGUUGAUGUUAACUUAAAUUGGCUUCAGUAAAUGAUAGCCCAAGGCCACUUCAUUGAAUGGCUUUGUAUAUAAACCUUCAAUAACUUGAAAUUUGAAUUUAAACCUCCUCCUAGUGUUGUUUCUAAGUAGUAUAUGUAUGUAUUGGCGGUGAGUUUGGCGAAAUUAUGGUUGCAUAGUGAUUUUGUUGAAGUUCCAAAGUGUUGUUUUGCCAAAACCACAGUGGUAUACCAUGAUUCUACCGAACUCACUGCCUGUCCAAACAUGUACCAAUAUGUGUUUCUAUAAGUUUAUCUUAAAAUAAGUAGGGUCUCUGCACUCUUUUUUCCUUGAUAAGGUUUUUAAUGAGGCAGAGGGAUUCUUACACAUUUGGUUUUGGUCUAGUCCCCCAAAUUUCUUUGUAUCCUUAUUUUAUGCCUUAUAUUUAAUAUUUUUCAUUAA